AUGUGCAGGUUCUUGGUCUACAAGGGCAGCGACGAGAUCCUACUGUCGAAGCUGAUACUCGAGCCCACGCAUUCCAUCUUGAAGCAAUCGUUCGACUCCCGCUUGCGUCUUGAUACAAGACGAGGUCAGAACAACGCGGAUGGCUUCGGCAUAGGCUUCUACACCGAUCCGAAACUCGGCUCGACUCCCUGCCUCUUUACAUCGACAACCCCGGCGUGGAAUUGCACGAAUCUUCAGCGAAUCGCCUCGAAAACCGCCUCAAGACUUAUCUUCGGUCACGUUCGCGCUACCACCGAGGGGUCUCUGGCCGAAGACAACUGCCACCCAUUCACUCAUGGAAACCUCAUGUGGAUGCAUAACGGUGGGCUGGGUGGAUGGAAAUACAUCAAGCGGAAGCUCUCUGACCGUCUGGCCGACAAGUGGUAUCUGGGAGUCAAGGGUGGGACGGACAGCGAAUGGGCAUUUGCGCUGUUCCUCGACACGCUUGAGCGCAUGGGCCACGAUCCUGACUCCUGUCCAGAAAAAGGUUUCGGGCAUUCCGUGUUGCGAGAGGCCAUCAAGAAGACCAUUACGCAGAUCAAUGAGUUGACAGACUCGAUACCCGAGGGCAUCGUCCAGAGUGAGGAUGUGGAUACGAGGAGCUUGUUGAAUUUCGCCGUCACGGACGGCAUUAGUGUCAUCUGCACACGGUAUAUCAGCAGUUCAAAGGAUGAGGCGGCGAGCUUGUAUUACUCCUCUGGUACUCAAUGGGUCACGAGGACAGCAUCGCCGGAUGAUCACGACUAUUACAUGGAACGAAAAGACAAGGGGGCUGACAUUGUGCUUGUUGCAAAGAACUGGGUGAACGUGCCAACCAACUCCAUCCUCACCAUUCACAGGCAAACCGUCAUGAUGCAUCCCAUCCUCGAUAAAUACUACGAGAGAGACCCAUAUCACGUCCGCUCCAGUGCCUUUGUACAGGCCAAAGGUCUUGUCACAAAUGAGAAGGCGCAGAGCGCUGGUUCUUCAAGCCCAGCAAUCGAGUCACAAUACGGACAGAGCGGGCUGAAGGGGGCACCAAGUUCAUCUCUUGGAAACAGAAGCCUCAGUCCAGACAUUGCCCGUCGACCCGCGGCGUCAAUCACCCCGGGGCAUACAGCAGCACCAGGAUCGCGGCCUGCGCCUGUGCAGGGGAACAUCAAGGUGAAAAGACAGGCAGCACCGGCAGCUGAAGCAGAGCACGGUCGGAUCUCGUUGACAGAGGACCAGAGUUCAGAUCACGAUGAGCCAGCGGCGACCGACCUCACCAAUGUCUCCUUGAGACUAGGGCAGGGCAAGAGCUGGAUCGAAUGA